AUGACACGAACUCAAGUCCCCUACCCCUCCCCUGCAACCCUGAAGCGGUUCCCUCACAUCCAUGAUGAACCCUCAGCCCUAUCCCACUCCCUUGACCCCUUCACCAUCACUACAAAGACAGGCUUCCUGCCCUAUGAGACAGCCCCCACUGAGCUUCCAGAGGCCUUCAGUGCCCUGCUGUCCCUGGUCAACCGUCUCCCCGUCGUCCGGCUUGAUGGCAAGCCCGGUCUGCUGGCCACCUAUGAACUUGGACCUGCUGUCCAGGCUGAGCUCACCGACUUGACUCAUGAAGUUGAGAAGCUGCUGCUCCCUGAUGGAUCUUAUGACCGCUUCACCAUCGCUGCUGUCUUCCGUGACUACACCUUCCUGGCCUCGUCUUACCUGCUCGAGCCUUGCUGGGAGCACUGGAACAAGGAUCCUGCCGGUGGAUAUGGGCUUGGCCGAGAUGUCUUGCCUAUCUCAGUGGCUCGACCCAUGUAUCGCUGUGCCGAAAUUCUUAACCUUCCUCCCUUCAUGUCAUAUGCUGCUUCAUAUGCUUUGUUCAACUACACCGUUGAGGACCCUGCCAAGGGCCUUAGUGAGUAUUCUAACCUUCGUUUGAUUCGCUCUUUCGAGAAGGGUCUUGACCCCAAGAGCUCCGAGGCUGGCUUCAUCCUGACCCACGUGGACAUGGUGAAGGAGACUGGUCCUCUCAUUGCUGGUGCAUUGAAGGUUGUCGAUUCUCUCGAGCAGCAUGGCUCACGUCAGGAAGUCAACGAUGGUUUCCGCGAGAUUUUGAAGUCGAUGGAGAAGAUCGAGGCUUCCAUGGAAGACAUGUGGGGCAACUCAAAGCCAUCAGAGUAUCUUUCAUUCCGUGUCUUCAUUUUCGGCAUCACCAACCAAUCUAUGUUCCCUAACGGCGUCGUCUAUGAAGGCUGCGAAGAUAACAAGCCUCUCAACUUCCGUGGUGAGAGUGGUGCAAACGACAGCAUCAUCCCCCUGCUCGAUCACCUCUGCGAAAUUCCCAUGCCCGAAACCCCACUCACUAAAAUCCUCCAUGAGUUCCGCGCUUAUCGUCCUCUUCCCCAUCGCGAGUUCCUGACAUACAUCCGGGAGAAGUCCGAAGAGAUCGGUGUUCAGAACUACGCUGUGCAAGACUCGGAGACUGCCGUUCUUUUCCUGCGAACUCUGAACCACAUUCGCAGCUUCCGCUGGCGCCACUGGCUCUUCGCCCGCGAGUACAUCAUCCGCCGCACUCCUCACCCUACUGCCACCGGUGGCAGCCCUAUCGUUACUUGGUUGCCCAACCAGCUGGCGGCUGUGAUGGAGCUCAUGGUCAAGAUCUAUGAUGCUCACCUUGCGCCCAAGGAGGGCGUCGCUGUUGUUGGUAACGAGGAUCUCAUUGCUUCACACAGGAAACAGGUUGAGCCUAUGAUGGAGCUUGUCCGGGAUCAAAAGGAAAAGCUUGCCAGAGAGGUGGAGCGCUGGUGCCAGGAGCGUGGAGUCUAG